AUGUCCUUCGACUCGUCAGAUUCUUUUGACGACGACGACGUGGACUUCGACCAGCUUUAUUCAGCACGGUCCCAGUCACGCGGGCCUUCGGUAGCGGCCCAGGUGCCUGCCGAGCCCAGCACAGAUCCGUUUGUUUUAAGGGGCGAAAACGCGAUACUCCGUGCCCAGCUACAAAAGAUCAGCGACAAGUUUGAGCAGGAAAGCAGGAGGCUAAAACAACAUUAUCAUGUGUUACUGAGUGAACGAGAAAACCGCAUCAAUGAGCUCAUGGACAGCGUUAAUAAGGUGAAGGAAGACAACGAGUUUCUUACGUCUGAAAAUAAAAAUCUGGCAGCCAAGUACAUCCCGGCCACGAAGAAGCGUCGGCUGCAGGACGAGUCAAUAGAGAUGUCCAUCUCCGAUGUGUCUGUGCGAUCAGCAGGUAACAAGGAUACCAGCACCAUGACAGAAGAGGGCCCUCAAACAGUUGCCAUAAUUAAUCAAGUUUCGAUAUUCCAGGACGAAAAGAACUCGUUUAUAGAAGCCGUCUCAUCACACGUCAUUCCGGGAAUGAAUUGCACAACACUAAGCUAUUUGUCGAAUAUACAAUCGGCGUUCGAUUAUCAGAACAGGGAUUUCCACAUAUCAAAAGAACGAGAAAGCAUCAAAACUGCAAUUGUCGACUAUCUGAUCCGAUUUGAGAACAAAAACAGAAUCGAUAUGCUGCUGAGUAGUUUUGUCGAAAUUUUGCUUGACUAUGUUGUGAAAUCACUUGACCGAGACAAUCUUUUUGCGGCUCCUUUCUUGCUAUCGCUCAUUCACUUCAGUUUAAAUUAUAGACCCAAAGCAGUGAGUUCUCAACUGAUCCAAGACUCAAUGAAAAGCGUAAACCACUUGCUACAAAACUUUACCACAGUACUCAAACAGGACCAGCCAUACCUGUCGAACGAAAACAUGGACGUCAUAACCACAGCCAACUCGGCAUCGACAGACCUCAAGCUUGAUGUCCUCCAGAAGAGUAUGCACAAAAAAGUCCUCGAUGUAUUUAUCACAGUUUACUUGAUGGAUAUCAUGGAAACGCUAAGCAAGCUUUCAGCAUAUGUUGAUACGCCAAACAACCCGACACUUAAAGAGUACUGGUUGCUCUUCCCAAAGUCAUUAUCACUGCAUUGCCUGUCACUGAAGACACCAAUUGGUUUCGUUUUCAAUCUGGUGGAGAUUCUAGCUAGCUCAAUUACCAAAGAUAGAUUUGCUUACACAGACAACUCAAAAUCAAAAAAGCACACACUCAACAAAGAAUCCACAGAUAUCCUCACAAACCUUAUUAUCUUUAUAACGCAGGGGCUGGAGCAAGAUAUGUGCAUAUACAGCCUAAAUCGAAACAUUGGGAGCAAUGCACAUGCUCUCCUACUAGAUAUUUUGGUUCCUAAUCAUGCUUCGCCCAAACCCGUACCGCACUCAUGGGAUGAAUACAGACAGAUACUCCAAAUGAGCUCGAGCAUGGGCCACAGAAUCAGGCACGAAACAGCGGUCUUGAAACUUCGGAUCCGUAUAUUGCAGCUUUUUGAAGCUUAUUUCUCCCAGCGAGCAGCCAGCUCAAUCAAGAAAGAAAUCAUCACAAGUUUUGUCUCGUCAAUGGUGACACAGCUUGGUUUCGAGCAGGAGCUGAUUUAUAGAGCGCCGCGUGCAAACACAGUUGGCUGCAGAUUGCAACUAAUUUCUUUAAUUAUGAGGCUCGUGCAUUUCGUACUGCUGUCAUCGGGACAGGUAGCAAUAUCCGAUCUGCCGGGAACCACGCUACGCGAGCUCGUUAUAGCCCUGUUACGGAUCUCUGCAGACAGCCUGAAGCCGCUGGCUUUGGAAACGAUACGGCAAUGGCGUGAGCAAGGUCACGUGCCCACCGUUUCCACCUCACCGAACGGGGUGGAGAUCAACUACGACGACUGGACGAUCGACAUGGCGCGCGAUGUGAUUGGCCAGUGCAUUACGGGAGACGAAGCUGACGCGCUGCACUAUAGCAUCAACUAUGACAUCCCGGACGACGAUAUUAUGUUGGAGUAA